AUGGCCGCCAGAAUAAACACCUCCAUACAAACUUCUCUUUGGCUCUUAAACCCUUGCCAGAGUUCUCUCAAUCUCAAACCCACCCAUCUCAGAACCCGCCUCCAUUUCUAUCAAAAUCUGUUAUCGCUCCCAUCUUCUUCUUCUUCCUCAAAACGAGCCAUAUUCUGUACCGCUGCGACCAGUUUCAAUUCCCAUGAUAACGGAGCUGCAACAAACCCGUUUGUCAUCACUACACCACUUUAUUAUGUUAAUGCUGCUCCUCAUAUGGGGAGUGCUUAUACCACCAUUGCUGCUGAUGCUAUUGCGCGGUUUCAGAGGCUGCUGGGAAAGAAAGUUAUAUUCAUUACUGGCACAGAUGAGCAUGGGGAGAAGAUUGCCACUGCUGCUGCUACUCAAGGUUCUAGCCCAAGUGAGCAUUGCGAUGUCAUAUCAGAGGCAUACAAGACACUCUGGAAAGAUCUAGAUGUAGCUUAUGAUAGGUUCAUUCGGACAACAGAUCCUAAACAUGAGGCUAUUGUAAAGGAAUUUUAUUCAAGGGUUCUUGCCAAUGGAGAUAUUUAUAGAGCUGAUUAUGAGGGACUCUAUUGUGUCAAUUGUGAAGAAUACAAGGAUGAAAAGGAACUUCUUGCUGACAAUUGUUGUCCUAUACAUCUAAAGCCCUGUGCUUCAAGGAGAGAAGACAAUUACUUUUUUGCAUUAUCGAAAUAUCAAAGAUUGCUCGAAGAAACUUUAACACAGAAUCCUGGUUUUGUGCAGCCUGCCUUCCGUUUGAAUGAGGUGCAAAGCUGGAUUCGAAGUGGCCUAAAAGACUUCUCUAUCUCCAGGGCAUCAGUAGAAUGGGGCAUUCCAGUUCCCAAUGACGAAAAACAAACAAUUUAUGUUUGGUUUGAUGCAUUAUUAGGUUAUAUAUCAGCGCUAUCAGAGAAUGGUGAGCAACCAAAUUUAGAAAGAGUUGUUGCUUCUGGGUGGCCUGCCUCUUUACACUUGAUUGGGAAGGAUAUUUUACGUUUCCAUGCAGUUUAUUGGCCUGCUAUGCUAAUGUCUGCUGGACUAAAACUUCCAAAGAUGGUUUUUGGUCAUGGGUUCUUGACAAAGGAUGGCAUGAAGAUGGGCAAGUCAUUAGGCAAUACUCUUGAACCAAAUGAAUUGGUUGGAAAGUUUGGCUCUGAUGCAGUGAGAUACUUCUUUCUUCGAGAGGUGGAAUUUGGUAGCGAUGGGGACUAUGCCGAGGAUCGCUUCAUUAAUAUUGUCAACGCGCAUCUUGCAAAUACAAUAGGAAAUCUGCUAAACCGAACUCUUGGACUCCUUCAGAAGAACUGCCAAUCAACUUUGGUGGUUGAUUCCACUGCCGCAGCCGGUGGAAACGUUUUCAAGGACAAAGUCGAAGAACUGAUCGUGAAAGCUCGGAAUCAUUACGAAGAACUCGCCCUUUCAUCAGCUUGUGAGGCUGUGUUGGAGAUUGGCAAUGCUGGAAAUUCCUACAUGGAUGAGCGAGCACCAUGGUCUCUGUUUAAACAAGGUGGUGCCUCAACAGAUGCUGCUGCAAAGGACCUUGUUCUUAUACUCGAAGCGAUGCGAAUUAUAGCUAUUGCUCUAUCCCCAGUGACACCACGCUUAAGCUGGAGAAUAUACGCACAACUCGGCUACUCGGAGGACCAGUUUAAUGCUGCAACAUGGAAUGAGACAAAGUGGGGAGGUCUGAAGGCUGGCCAGGUUAUGGCUCCUCCAAAUCCAGUCUUUGCUAGGAUUGAACAAGCCAUUGUUAAUGGUGAAGAAGAAGUUCCUAAAAAACCAGUCAAAAGUAAGAAGAAAAUAGCACAAGGGGUGGCAGAAGCCUAAAACCAUGCCCUCAAAUUUCAAAUUUUGAAGUGCUCUUUCUCCUAUCUUUGGUUUUUCCCUUUACCAUUUUUUUUCCUUCUUCAUAAAUGAGUUUUUCUAAAUCAUUUUAAUAUUUAUCAGAUACAAUUGCUCAUACAAUUAAAAUGAACUUAACUAUUAUUGAGCCAUGUUUGGCCCUCAUAUAGUAGGGUUGUACUUGUACAUCUAUUUUUGUUUGGCUUGAUUUUCAAACUAAUUAUUGAAGUCAUUGGUGUAGUUCAUUAAA